AUGGGCAGAAGGAAGAUUGAGAUCAAGGCCAUCGCCGAUGACCGCAACCGCUCCGUGACCUUUCUCAAGCGAAAGGGUGGCCUGUUCAAAAAGGCACACGAGCUCUCCGUCCUGUGCUCCGUCGACGUCGCCGUCUUCAUCUUCGGCAACAACAAGAAGCUGUACGAGUACUCUUCAAAAGAUAUGGGACAGCUUAUCACCAGAUACCAAUAUCAUGGUGGCCCCAACGAGCACAAGGGGCCGUCCGACUACAACAGCGGCCAAACCAACGACGACGACGACGAGGAUGGUGACGGGACGCCUCCUCGUGGGGCGGAUGGGAUGGAGGCGCACAUGAUGCCUGCUCAUUUUCAAGGCCAGCCUCCUCAACCCUUCCCUCAGAUUCGCCAUCAGACUGCCUCAGCGUCACCUCCCGUACCCAACGGCGUGCCUUUCCCGGGUCAUGCUCACCUGCAGCGAAGCCUCACGCCGCAACCCGCCGGCCCAUCGCGGCCAAACUCGAGAGGUGACAUGCGCCGCAUGGGCCAUGGCAUGAUGCCGCAGCCCGUCGGGCCUCAUGGACCCCACGGGCCUCACCCGGGCAUCACUUACAUGCCCACGCCACCCAUCUAUAACCCGGCGGCCAGCAACCAGUCCAGCCUCAUGCCGCCCCAGCCUGGUCCUUACCCGUACCAGCCGCCGCCCCAGCCAUACAUGGAGGAGCGGAGGCCAUCUGCACCUCCGACCUUCACUGCUCACCCUUCUCCCCAACCACUAGCAGUCGGCCCGCGCACAGCGAAUCCCUCCCCUCAGCCGCCUCACCAAUUACUGCCUCCUCAGUCCAUGCCUCCUCACACCUCACCCCAGCCUGCACGUCGUCACCUGGACCCGCAGCCUCCGCCGCCGGUCGAGCCAAGGGCAGAAGCUCCCGAGAAGCCGAAAGCGCCACUCAUCAACACGGACACGGCUAUCAAGAAGAUGUCCCAGCGUAAAUCGCACAGCAUCUUUACUCCGAUCGAGGAAAACAGAUCCAUCUUGUCCCAGCAUUUGGCAUCCUUUGCUUCGGAACCCCAGUCUAUCAAGAACGAGUCGGGGGCCUCGGCCGCAGCAAAUCCCAACCGGUCCCAGUCGGCUGACAACGGGGCCGCCGUUCGAAAUGGAGAAGCACCUUCGCCGCAUUUGCAGCAACGUUCUGGUCUGCGCAAUACGUCCGUGUCCUCCCUUCCUGAUACGCCGUCGCAGACCGGCAGUCUGAAGAUCAACACGGCUGUGGGGGGCACGAGGCCGAAGCCGCCUCGCCUGACGGUGCAAAUUCCCGACGGUGGCUCUGAGGCUGGGAGCGCAACGGGCGACUCAAACUCACCUCGGAUUCCGACAGACGCUGCGUCCAACGCGCCACAUCGGCAUAACAGCGUGGUCCUUCCGCCACCAUCUCCGUCUGCUACGACACUCUUGUCCGCAGGGGCGACAGGGCCCCCCAAUCCGUUUGCCCGGCCGGUCCCUCAGCAGAACGUCAACGGCGACACACCCGUUUCUGCGCUUCCCUCUCGGUUCUUGAACAAUGAGCUGCUGCCGAGCCCCAGCAGUUUCUAUCCGGAGUGGAACUUUAGAGGCAGCGACAACAAUACGCUUCCCAGCCCCCUUAACUUCGCCACGCCCGUGGUAGGCACAGGGCCAAGCUUUCUCCGAGACGACAGCCAUUUGUUGAGCAGCAGCGGGAACGCAGGCUCCGGCGCAGCAAGUGGCAACCAGGGCUCGACGCAACCAUCAGGAAUUGCCAAGAGGAAGAGUCCUGAUCUUGAGGGGCCUGGCCAGGACGAGAAUCAAGAAUCGGCUGGCGACCCGAAGCGCUUGAAGGUGGAGCGAUAG